UCAAUUGAAGAAAAUGAAGUUUAUCUGCCUAAUGAUGAGCUCUGGAUCUAUGAAAUAGAUAGUGGGUUAUGGUCGAUGCACCUGAUGGAAGGAGAGUUACCUACCUCCAUGUCAGGAAGCUGUGGAGCAAGCAUUAAUGGGAAGCUCUACAUUUUUGGUGGAUUUGAUGAUAAAGGAUACAGCAAUCGGCUGUAUUAUGUUAAUUUGCGAACAAAAAAUGGAACCUAUAGGUGGAAAAAAAUUACAAAUUUUAAAGGUCAACCUCCUACACCACGUGACAAGCUUUCCUGCUGGGUGUAUAAGGACAGGCUAAUAUAUUUUGGUGGCUAUGGCUGUAGGAAGCACAACGAGCUGAGCGAUUGUUUUGAUGUCCAUGAUGCAUUUUGGGAAGGACAGAUAUUCUGGGGAUGGCAUAACGAUGUUCAUGUUUUUGAUACAACUACACAAACUUGGUCUCAACCAGCAAUUAGAGGCGGAGAUCCACCUCAGCCUCGAGCAGCUCAUACAUGUGCUGUGCUGGGAAAUAAAGGUUACAUCUUCGGAGGACGAGUGCUGCAAACAAGAAUGAAUGAUUUGCACUGCCUGAAUUUAGACACUUGGACUUGGUCUGGAAGAAUUAAUAUCAGUGGAGAGAAACCAAAAGAUCGAUCCUGGCACACGUUGACUCCGAUAGGAGACGACAGACUUUUCCUUUUUGGUGGACUAAGUUCUGAUAAUGUUCCUUUAAGUGAUGGCUGGAUUCACAGCAUUGCAACAAACGGAUGGAAACAACUUACUCAUUUGCCUAAGAGUAGGCCUAGGUUGUGGCACACCGCGUGUCUUGGGAAAGAAGGAGAAGUGAUGGUGUUCGGUGGGAGCAAAGAUGACUUGCAUUUCCUGGACACGGGUCACUGCAGUGACUUGUUGAUAUUUCAGACGCAGCCAUAUUCACUUCUCAGGUUGUGUCUUGACUGCAUCGGUAAAAAUGCCACUCUCUUAAAGAAUCAGAUCCCGUGCUUGCCAUCGAAGCUUCUGCAGCAAGUGCUGAAAAAAAUCACCUUCUGGGCUGCAGCUAACCACCGGCAAGAGAAAAAAGCUGAAACGGAAAGACAAAGUCAACUAAACACCACAUGAACAAUGGC